AUGGUGGUCCUGUUCGGGGAAGAUCCAGGGGGCGGGGAGUGUUGCAGCUCCCCCACAGGAAAGCAGCCCCCGGGGCAAGGGCUGCAGCUUGCCAGGCCUCGAGGGGCCAAGGUGGAUCAUGGCGACAGUGCAAGCUGUGGCAACCCAGCCAGACAUGCAGAGGGUGAUGGAACAGAGGAGGAGGAGGAAGACUAUGAGGACUUGGAGGACUUCUCAGAGCUGCCAGACACGCGCAGCAUCGCUUCUGAUGACUCCUUCUACCCGCCACUGGGUGGCAGCGAUGACGAUGAUGACGACUGGUCGCUGGGGGAGUCGGAACCUGACAGCCCGGAGCCGCUCAGCCUCUUCCGUGCCUGCUGCACCAACAACGCUAUCGUUCUGAGGGCGCUGAUCCGCCAAGGGCCCGAGGAGGACGAGGUGCGGGAGACUGACCACAACAAGCGGACUGGCCUUAUUAUUGCCUGUUACCAGGGGUUUGUGGAUAUCGUAAUUGCCUUAGCACAGUGCCCUCAUAUUGACAUAAACUGGCAGGACAAUGAAGGGAACACAGCUCUCAUUACAGCUGCCCAAGCAGGACAUAUUACCAUUACACAUUAUUUACUGAAUUAUUAUCCUGGUCUCGAUAUAGAGAAAAGAAAUGUCUUUGGAUUUACUGCCCUCAUGAAAUCUGCAAUGCAAGGUCGAACAGAAUGUAUCAGAGCCUUAAUGUUGGCAGGGGCCAGUAUUCAUGCAACAGACCCAGGCCGUGGGUUCACUCCUGAGGAAUGGGCAUGGUUCACAGGAAGGCUGGAAUCUGCAUGUCUUAUGCAGAGACUUAUGGAUAGACCUUGUGCUGAGCAGUUUUGUGACCAGUAUGAGCUUGAAUGGCCAAAGUUGAAAGAGCUCCUUAGUAAGGCCAAAGAGCCAAAAAGCUGCUUGCAGAGGAUCUCAGAAGGCUUGAGAUCCAUCAUGUGUUUCAAAGCUUCCCGUGAGCCUGAAGAAGAUGGUGUCCUUGAUCACACGGUGAGGGUGACAACAGGCCUAAGGAGCUGUUUCGUUGGUGUAGCUUGUAAAACUGUGUGCCCUGGAAGUCCACCUGGCAUAGGAAAACGCAGACCAGCUGUGCAGGAAAUCCUUAGGAGACAAAGAGCCCAGGAAAUCAGAUAUCUAGAAGAUAAAGACCAUCUGAACAGCUAUGAGAAGCUGUUUCAGAAUUCCAGAGUGACAUUAGUCUCCAAAAAAAAGGAGCGGCGAGCUAGCCUACAGCCUGUAAACCUGCACUUCCCUCAGAUGAGACAAAAACCUGGAAAUUAUCUAUAGAAUCUUGUUCAGAAGAAGGAACGUCGAAACGAC